AUGAAUGUGAAUGCACUCUCAUGUACAAUCAAUGCAUCACUUGACUUAUUCAAUAAAGAAACAAUUCAUAAGAUAUCUCAACGAUUUCAUUCAAUGUUGAAACAAUUAUUUACAUCUGUUGAUAAUCAUAUGAAUAAAUCAAUCUAUGAAAUAUCAUUAGCAUUACCAAAUGAAAGAUUACUCGUGCAAUCAAUGAAUAAUACACAAGUAUCAUUUCUAUCUUCUGCCACUUGUAUUCAUCAUGAAUUUGUAUAUCAAGUAAUGAAGCAUCCACAAAAACUAGCAGUUGAAUUGGAUGAACAAUCGUUGACAUAUGCUGAACUUUUAUGUUAUGUACAGGUGUUAUCUUUGCAUUUGAUUAACAAAUAUCAUGUUGUUCCAGGUGAAAUUAUUUGUCAAUGUGUUGAGCGAAGUUUGUCAAUGGUCAUUGGUAUCUUGUCAAUAGCUAUGGUUGGUAGUGCUUAUUGUCCAUUAUCGGUACGAGAUCCUCCGCAACGUCUACAAGUGCUUGUCAAUCAAACGCAGAGCCGUUUAGUUUUGGUUCAUGCAAGUACACCAGCUGUUUUCAGCCCCGACAAUCUAACUCUAAAUAUUGACUGCAUUAUUCGUUUCGGAGAAAGAUUUAGUGAAAGUAAUCUGAAUGAACUUUCAGAUGCUUCUGUAACACCAGAAAGUGUUGUCUUUGUAAUUUUUACAAGUGGUUCAACUGGUAUUCCAAAAGCGGUUCAACUUCGUCAUCGAAACUUUACUGAAUUUAUGCAUUCAUUUGUGAAUAUUGAUGUAGUAACCAAGUCUGACAUAGUAAUACAGAUGGCUCGAUGCUCUUUUGACAAUCAUCUGCUAAGCUUAGUCGGUACAUUGUUUAUUGGCAGCACAUUAGUGAUGCUUCGACCGGAAGGUAAUAUGGAUUUAGAGUAUCUUGCUAGAGUCCUCGAUCAAAAGCAGAUUACUGUCAUGCAUGCUGUUCCGUCGCUUCUGAACAGUUUCUUUGAAUUUCUCAGUAUAAGUAAGCGUACAUCAGCAGUGAAAUGUUUACGAUCUUUAUGCAGCGGCGGCGAGGCUGUUAAUGCUAAGCAAGUUAAUCUAUUUCAUAAUUUAGUCGGAGAGCAAUGUCGAAUUCGAAAUCAUUAUGGCCCAGCCGAAAUUACGAUCAAUUGUGCUUGUUAUUUAAUUGACCUUAGCAAAAGUCAAGCAAGCAUUUCUAUAGGUCGACUUUUACCCAACUAUCAAUGUCUGAUUUUGGACGAAUUUUCUCAGUUUGUCUGUAUUGGGCAUGAAGGAGAAUUGCUAGUAAGUGGUGUAGGUAUCUUUGCUGGAUACUUUAAUCGUGAUGACUUGACGGCAAAAGCAGUGAUCAAUAUCAACGAAGUAAUGUACUAUAAAACAGGUGAUCUUGUUCGAAUGGAUACUGAAGGAUUUCUUUAUUACGUGCAUCGUAAAGAUUAUCAAGUGAAAUUACAUGGACAACGAAUUGAACUUGAUGAAAUCGAACAAUGUUUACUUCAAACAUCAAUUUCAGCUUGUGUUGUCAUGAAAUGGAAUGAUGAUCAUUUAGUUGCUUAUGUUCAGAGUACUCAUAUUGAUGAAAAACAAUUACGUGGGCAUUGUCAAUCACAUUUACCACCUCAUAUGAUUCCAUCUCUCUUCGUAGUACUUAAUAAAUUACCAUUGAAUGCAAAUGGAAAAAUAGAUCGAAAACUUCUUCCUCCACCUGACUUUUUAUCGUCAGGUCCUGGUUAUAAUUAUGAUAAUAAUGAACCAAGUACUACUCUUGAACAACAAUUACAAAAGAUUUUCAGCCAAGUUUUCCAUAUUGAAUCUCCGCCUAUUGACGUUCCUUUUGGUCAGCUCGGUGGAACAUCUCUAGAUGCUAUACGCGCACUUACAUUAAUACGACAGCAGGUGUGUACUAAUAUUGACAUUGGCCUUCUCUUUACUAAUCCAUCUAUUCGACAAUUGGCUAUAGCAGUAGAACCUUUGUUGAUUUCGAAUCAAUCUCAAAAGACGGUUUUCACCGUUAAUCAAUCUCAUGAAACAUAUGUUCGUCUUGCACCUUCAUUUGUUAUAGAAUCUAUAGGCGUUAUACUUCUUCUCUGCCAAUGGUUAUGGCCAAUCAUAAUAAUUCAUCAAUGGUGUCCAUUCUUCUUCCCAUUCCUACCAGCAUUUCAUCUUAUAUUCUAUGCCAUUUGUUCACGACUCUUUGCACCACAAAAUAACAAAACUGAUAUUGUUUUUUCAUGGAACUAUUAUCGAUGGUGGUUUUUGGAUCGAUUAUGGAAUAAUAAUACAUUUUGGUUACAACAUAUACUUGGUACCCCACUCUAUAAUUACUAUCUACGUCUUUGUGGUGCUCGUAUAAGCUCUAGUGCACAUAUUAAUACCACAGCCAUUGAUACUCCAUGGUUGUUAGAAAUUAGUAAUGGAACUUGGAUUGCUGAUCAAACAUUGCUGAAUUGUUUUCAUUUUAAUGAUGGUAACACUUUUGAACUAUAUCCAAUUAGGAUCGGCUCUAAUUGUUCCAUUGGCACACGAUCGAUUUUAUUCGAUGGAGUUGAUAUGAAAGAUAAUAUUAUUGUUCAACCAAUGUCAUCGGUUACUGGUUCCAUUGCAUCUAAAACAGUCAUUGAUGGUGAAGAACAUAAAUCUAUUUCAACGGAUGACUGUAUUACUCACAGCAAAAGAUCAUUAUCGAUAUGGCAUAGGGUCUACCAAAUUAUUGUACUCAUCUCGCUAAUUUGUAUUCACUGCACAAUUUUAAUUUUUGUCUACAAAAUUCAUUCAAUUGAAAAAAUACCACUAACUUUCAGUAUUGCUUUUUGUUGGACUUUGUGGUCUAUAAUCGGCUGUUUUGUUUCUGUCAUCCUGCUUAAAUUCGUAGUCGGUUCUUGUACUGCUGGUGAUACGUACUCGAUAACGUCUUGGUCGUAUUUACAUAAGUUAUGGCUUCGGCAAUUAAUUGUAUCCAGUUUUCGUCAUGCCUGGUUGCUACCAUCCGGUUGUAAUGACAUGUAUCCUUUCAUUCUUCGUUGGUUAGGUGCUCAUAUCGAAGAUAAUGUUAGACUUUCUGACAUCGGUAUUUUCUUAUCUUGUCCAACAAAUCUACUAAAACUUGAAACGGGCGUCACUACUUUCGGCUCAGUCUUAAUAGUCCCUACUGAGAUAACAUUAUUAGGCGACCAUCGUGUUGAUUCCAUAAUAUUUGGAGCUCAUACAAAUCUUGCGAAUGGAUGUUCAAUUUUGCCUGGCAGUCGUCUUGCUUCUGAGACAAUGGUUGGCAAUUUAACACGCAUUUCUCGAGAAAUAAAUAGCAACCAAAGAGAUGUCUUUAUUGGUGUUCCAGCUCGGGUGAUGCCUUUUAAAAUGCCUCUAAGAUCAAACGAGACAGAUCAGAUUGAAAGUAUUCCAAUAUGGCAUACGUGUUUCCUUCAUUUCAUCGUAAAAUGUGUUCUGGUGAGCAUUUAUUCAUUAAGUGGUUUCAUUGGUGGGUCAGCAAUUCAUAUAACACUCAUUUGGGGUGUUUGCCGAUGGGAUUCAUAUAUAACUCAUCAACUAAUCCAACAGUUAUCAAUAAGACUAACACAAGAUUUUGUACAAUUUAUUUGUCCAUUCCUUAACAAUACACAAUGGCUGAUUCGGUUAUUUCGAGCAUUCGGAGCUCAUAUUGGUGAAGGUGUAGUGUUACCUGAUUUUUCCUGUAUAACUGAUUAUCAUUUGAUAACUAUUGAAGAUAACGUUCGACUUAAUAUGCAUGCUAAUAUUCAAUGUCAUAGUAAUGAACAACGUAUCCUAAAAUUAGCUCCUGUGACGAUCGAAAGCUCAUGUGUGCUUAUGAGUGGUUCACUUGUGAUGGCAGGCUGCAAAUUGAUGGGCAACAAUAGACUUUAUCCAUUUACAUUGGUAAUGAAAAAUGAUAUCUUACUACUCAAUACUCAAUGGAAAGGACUUCCUGCAAAACUUUUGACAACAGAAGCAAAAUCAUCUCAAUCUGUAUUGGUUCGUGAUAAUGAAGCCGAACACCAGCAACCAUCUGAAAGCGUAGAUGAACUACAACUUAUGAAUUAUGGCUAUGCAGAUCUUGAUGAGGACAAUAACGAUAAUACCGACUACUGUUCGAAACAGCUAUAUAAACAGGUCCUUGCACACGUAUCACUUACAAAUCAGAAUGUACUUGAAGUGAGUUGUCGUAGAGGUGAUGGUGCUGUUUGGUGCGUCCAUAAUUAUGUACCUGGUUCUUAUGUAGGAGUUGAUCUUUCUCCCAGUGUCAUUGACGUAUGUCGACAACGUCAUUCGAUGAUUUCUCGACUUUCUUUCGUAGUAGCUGAUGCAACAAAAUAUUUACCAUUUGAAAAUGAAUCACUUGAUAUUGUUCUU